UUAAUUUGUAUAUAGAUUAAUCUGUCAUUCUAACUCUCGCAUCGAGUAGAAUGAGUGUCUUUUAAAAAAAUUAAUCAGAAAAUGAAUUCUUCAUAAAACCAUUAUUCAGCGAAUGUUAAGAAAAAAAAUAAACAAACAAUUUAAUUAAUGGAGAUCACUCUUUAUGAUGCUGAUCAUUCUUCUGAAUUGUUGUAACGAAAAGUGAUCGCGUUUGGAUUGAGUUCACAUAAGACUAAGAGAAUCGUUUAUCCCGUAAGCUACCUACGUAUCUUUUAAGAAAAAUUUAAAAUACUUAGGUACUUGUUACGCUUGGAAUCAAAAUAGUUAUAUUUUUUCCCAUGUGGAAAAAGGCUUUCUUUUUUAAUUUAAUAAUGUUUACAUUGUACUUCUUGUAUAAACGAUUAUUCAUGGAUUUUGUAUGAAAUAUUAAAACGAUUGGAUAUCGUCCAUCGCGAAGAAACUUCGCAAUUCAAGAGAGGAGAUGGAGAAUUCUGAAGAGCCAACAAGUUUGCAAUCCAUUUGUCAUUUACAUGCUUCGGAAUUAUUUCCAAAGCAUACACAUUUUGAAUGUGAGGAUCAAACACUUACAGUUCCAUUUACACCUUUGAGUGGAGAAAAUAUUGUAGCACUUGGACGUACAUCGGAUGGAGUAUUGGCUCUUUCUAAUUACAGACUCUAUUUACAAUUAAGUCAGGCAUGUUACAAUAUUCCAUUGGGUUUAAUAGAGCAGUUAGAAGUUAAAGAACUUUUUUUCUUGCAUAUUGCUUGCAAGGAUGCUCGUUCACUAAGUUGUGUUUUUGCAACAAAUGAACAUUGUUUGGAAUGGUUCAAGCGAUUACAUAAAGUAACUUAUCCUCGAAAGAGUGUAGAAGAUAUAUUUGCUUUUGCAUAUUAUGCUUGGUCUAUGGAAGAAGGCAAAGAAAAUUUUAAAUUAGGAAAAGAUAAUAUAUCAUAUAGUGCUACCUUUAAUUCAGAAGUAGAACGACUAAAAUUUAAUUUACAUACUACAUGGCGUAUAAGUCAAAUCAAUAAAGAUUAUCGCGUAUGCCCGUCCUAUCCACCAUUACUUUUAGUUCCUUCUUGUGUUCCUGAUGAUAAACUCAAGGCUGGAGCAGAAUACAGAAGUUUUCGACGAAUUCCUGUCGUUGUUUGGAGGCAUGUAAAUAAUGGUGCAGUAAUAGCACGGAGCAGUCAACCGGAAGUUGGAUGGCUCGGUUGGCGAAAUCCGGAAGAUGAAAUGCUUUUGCAGGGUCUUUCGGAUGCAUGUUCCUACGAUAAAGGUAAAUCGGAUUCGUCUAGCAUUUACCCUGAUUCUGGCGAUGAUAAUGUCACGACAAAUAGAACGAAAAAAGUUUUAAUCGUGGAUGCUAGGUCAUAUUCAACUGCUUUUGCUAAUAGAGCACGCGGAGGUGGUUACGAAUAUCCUGGAUAUUAUCCAAGUUGUGAUAUACAAUUCAUGAAUUUACCAAAUAUUCAUUCGAUACGAAAAAGUUUUCACGCGGUGAGACAACUCUGUGCAUCAGAUGCAGAUCAACCUAAUUGGCUCAGUCUAUUGGAAGGAACACGAUGGUUACAACAUAUGUCUGGAUUAUUACGUGCUGCAGUAACUGUAGCAUCAGCGAUAGAAAGGGAUGGCCGACCGGUAUUAGUACAUUGUAGUGAUGGUUGGGAUAGAACGCCUCAGAUUGUUGCUCUAGCGCAAAUUCUUCUUGAUCCUUAUUAUCGAACUAUGGAGGGAUUCCAAAUUUUAUGUGAGAGAGAAUGGUUAGACUUUGGACAUAAAUUUGCGGAUCGUUGUGGACAAACGGUAGGCUGUGAAGAUCCGAAUGAACGAUGUCCAGUAUUUUUACAAUGGCUCGAUUGUGUACAUCAAUUAAUUUUACAAUUCAAGUGCAGUUUUCAAAUGUCCUCUGCAUAUCUUGUAAAACUUGCACAGCAUACAUAUUCUCAGCUUUUUGGCACAUUUCUUUGUAAUACAAUGCAAGAAAGAUUACAAUUAAGAAUACGGGAACGUACAUUUUCUGUUUGGCGUUUUUUAAAUACCAGUUCAUUCGUAAAUCAUUUGUAUUCUCCUUUAAAAAAUCAAGUAUUAUGGCCAAGUUGUAAUGUCCGUGAUCUUGUUUUAUGGUCCGAAGUAUAUUUAGGUUCUAUGGAAUGUCCUCUUGGCAUGAGAGAUGAUAAACAAAAAGUAACAAUGAUAGAUAUUGAGGGUGCUGAAAAUGAAGAACCUCAAGGUCAAAUGACUAAAACUCGUUCAUAUGGCGAUCUUAUGCACACACCCGAUCAUACGGCCUAUCUUCAUCGUCGACUUAGUGAUCCAAGCGCUUCGAUGGAAAAAAAAUUUGAUUCGUUAACACUCGACACAGAAACGGGUGAAAAAGGGAAACACAAUUGUACAGAAAGUUGUAAAAUUGAUGAUGCAGUAGAGAAAAAUAUCAUGGAAGAUUUGAACAAAGUGGAACAUUACACAAAAACAAUGCAAAUUUUGAAUGAUUCGCCGUUGAAUCCAUCGGUAGAUAGUUCAACGGAUACGCUAAUACCCAGUAACGAGUUUUUAUUUGAUACAGUUGAUAAGGAAACCAAAUUUUUGAGCAGCAAAAUGCAGAAAAAUUCUCCACCGGACAUCGUAUCUCCAUGGAUUGAGAACAAUUCAACCAAUCGUAUCAUUUGUUCUUGUAAUCGAAAUUACAAUCAUAAUCAUAAUGAGGGUAGUGAUGUUAGUGAUAUUAGUGCGCCGCAAAUUUCGAGAACACCUAGUAGCAUUUGUCCAGCUUCACCAAUUUACCAAGACAUAAUACCAGAUAAUCCUGAUAGAUUGGAUGAUGUUGAUGGUCUUCCAGUUAUACAUUGCGACGUUCAGAUGCGUGUGCAACAGAUUAUCAUGGAACAUAAGUUAAAGGAAGAAGCAUUAAGGAAGGAAUUACAUACAACAAGAAUGGCUUUGAUCAAACAAGUUUGUAAUCAUAACGCAGAAACCGAUCGCGUUGAUGAUAUCGGAUCAUUACCCGAUUCAGUUGGAAGUACUGGCGAUCAUGGAGAAUCAUUACCAUCGGACAUGUCAUGGGAAGCAGUGGAAGAAUUAGGUCCUGCUCCUACUCUUUGGGUACCAGAUCAUGCUGUAAAUCGAUGCAUGGGAUGUGAUACAGAAUUUUGGUUGGGACGACGUAAGCAUCAUUGCAGAUGCUGUGGCAAAAUCUUUUGUGCGGAUUGUUCUGAGAAUUCAACACCACUUCCUAACGAACAACUGUACAAUCCUGUGAGAGUUUGUAGUGAUUGUUUCUCUCGACUUCACCGACACACAAGUCCUUGUCAGUAUAAUAUUCGUCAUCAAAACAAAGGAGAAAACGAUACGGAACUCUCGUCAAAUUCUGAAAAUUUGACAACUUGUCAAAGAUCAAAAGGUUUGAAUCUGACGAAAGACAGUUGCUGCGAUAAUUUAUUGCAAGUUGUGCAUCAGAAAGUACAACCUCCAGUUACAGCAGCCACUGUAAAUUGAGAAAACUCGCAUGAACUCAAUAAGGAAUAUUUGUAGUAUUCGGAUUUUUAUUUGGUUUUCGACGACGCGAGGAGUGUAUCUUUAAUACGAUCAACUGCGAUACGCGUUCUCGCAUUUUUCAUCUAUGUCUGUACAAUGUAUACUUCGAUCAGAUGUAUAUAUUGCGUGUGAAUCGAGUUUCACAAUUACAGUUAGAUGAUUUGGAGCGAUCUAAUAUUUAUUGCUAGAUUAAUCAUUUGUACGGAAAAGAAUGUAUAAUUCAUUGGACAAAUUGAGAAAAAAAUGUCAAUAUACGAAAGAUUGUAUAUAUCUUAGUUGAAUCAACGAGGAGAUACUAGGCUUCUUCAAACACAAAACCCUAUUCAAGUUUCCCUGUUUUUAGGUGAUAUUAUUCCCUUCUUAAAGAUACAGCAAGCGAGACCGAAAAAUAUUUUGGAUAGGCUGUGAUUGACGUUUAAUUCUAGAUACCAUAUGAGGUGUGCUCUUUAAUUAAAUAAAUCGAUCGAUCGAUGAAACAACUCCUUAUUAUUAGUAGUUGAAUAAUGAUACGAGUAAUCUGUAUUUGUAUAUUACCGCUAUUUACGAAAAUUGGUAUAUUAAAUGUCAUUAUCGCAA